CUGCGUGCACCACCGCUGGGGGGUCCGCCACGCCAGCGGCCGAGCCAUGACGGACGCCAGCAGCAAGAAAGAGGGCUUCAAGAAGUGCCGGAGCGCCACGUUCAGCAUCGAUGGCUACAGCUUCACCAUCGUUGCCAACGAAGCUGGAGACAAGGCUGCCGGGCCACUCAACCGCUUCUCCCGCUUCUCCCGGUCCAAGUCGCAGAACUGUCUGUGGAACUCCAUCAUCGACGGGCUCACAGGGAAUGUCAAGGAGAAGCCACGGCCAACGAUUGUCCACGACCCCCGACCCCCGGAGCAGAUCCUCGCCGAUGAGCUGCCUCAGCUCGAUAGCCCGGAAGCCUUGGUGAAGACGUCCUUCAGGUUACGCUCUUUGGUCAAACAGUUAGAGAGAGGGGAGGCUUCAGUGGUAGAUCUUAAGAAGAAUUUGGAAUAUGCAGCUACAGUGCUUGAGUCUGUAUACAUCGAUGAAACCAGGCGACUCCUGGAUACGGAGGAUGAGCUCAGUGACAUCCAGUCAGAUGCGGUGCCUUCCGAGGUCCGAGACUGGCUGGCCUCCACCUUCACGCGGCAGAUGGGGAUGAUGCUCAGGAGGAGCGAUGAGAAGCCGCGGUUCAAGAGCAUCGUGCAUGCAGUGCAGGCUGGGAUAUUCGUGGAGAGAAUGUAUAGACGUACAUCAAACAUGGUUGGACUGAGCUACCCAGCAGUGGUUAUAGAAGCAUUAAAGGAUGUGGACAGGUGGUCCUUUGAUGUCUUUUCUCUCAAUGAAGCCAGGGACCAUGCACUGAAAUUCAUUUUCUAUGAAUUACUCACACGCUACGAUCUGAUCAGCCGUUUCAAGAUCCCCAUUUCAGCACUCGUCUCAUUUGUGGAGGCCCUGGAAGUGGGAUACAGCAAGCAUAAAAAUCCUUACCACAAUUUAGUGCAUGCUGCGGACGUCACACAGACGGUGCACUACCUCCUCUAUAAGACAGGCGUCGCUAACUGGCUGACGGAGCUGGAGAUUUUUGCUAUCAUCUUCUCAGCUGCCAUCCAUGACUACGAGCACACGGGAACCACCAACAACUUCCACAUCCAGACCCGGUCCGACCCAGCUAUUCUGUACAACGACAAGUCUGUAUUGGAAAAUCAUCACUUAAGUGCAGUUUAUCGCCUUCUGCAAGAGGAUGAGGAAAUGAAUAUUUUGAUCAACCUCUCCAAGGAUGACUGGAGGGAAUUUCGGACCUUGGUAAUUGAGAUGGUGAUGGCCACGGAUAUGUCCUGUCAUUUCCAACAGAUCAAGGCGAUGAAAACUGCUCUGCAGCAGCCGGAAGCGAUUGAAAAGCCGAAAGCAUUAUCCCUGAUGCUGCACACGGCAGACAUUAGCCACCCUGCGAAGGCGUGGGAGCUCCAUCAUCGCUGGACGAUGUCACUGCUGGAGGAAUUCUUCAGACAGGGGGACAGAGAAGCAGAGUUGGGGCUGCCUUUUUCUCCUCUGUGUGACCGGAAGUCGACCAUGGUUGCUCAAUCGCAAGUAGGUUUUAUCGAUUUCAUCGUGGAGCCCACCUUCACGGUGCUCACGGACAUGACUGAAAAGAUCGUGAAUCCGCUAAUUGAGGAGACCUCCCAGACAGGCGGGACAGGACAGCGGCGUUCAAGUUUGAACAGCCUCAGUUCGGCAGAUGCAAAGCGAUCGGGUUCCAAGAGCGCAGGCUCAGAAGGAAGCGCCCCAGUCAACAAUUCCGUCAUCCCUGUCGAGUACAAGAGUUUUAAAGCCACUUGGACUGAGGUCGUACACAUCAAUCGGGAGCGGUGGAGGGCCAAGGUGCCCAAAGAGGAGAAGGCCAAGAAGGAAGCCGAGGAGAAGGCCCGCCUGGCCGCAGAGGAGAAGCAAAAGGAAAUGGAAGCCAAAGGCCAGGCAGAAGGCGCAGCCGGCAAGGCGGACAAAAAGACACCCGGGGAAGCUCAGAACCAAGUCAAUGGAACGCGCCCCAACAGGAGCGACAACGCUCGUGGGAAAAACGCCAAAGAGAAGUCGCCAGGAGGAAAGCAGCAGAACGGUGACUUGAAAGAUGGUAAAAAUAAGGCUGACAAGAAGGAUCAAUCCAGUGUCGGAAAUGACUCAAAGAAAACAGAUGGCACAAAGAAGCGCUCUCACGGCUCCCCAGCCCCGAGCACCAGCUCCACAAGUCGCCUUACCUUGCCAGGGGACUACGGAUAACACGUCCAACAAGAGGAUUCCUCCGAAGAGAACUGACCAGCUCUGAGGUCUGAAGACGUUUUAGGAAGCUUACGUGUUUUUUUUCCAAAACAAAAUAUUAUGUACAUUGUAAGUUAUUGAGCGAUGAACUUCAAAAAUUUUAGCUUCUGAUCUCCCUAAUACAGAUUUUUUAUAAUAAAUACUUUGAUAUGUAUUGCACAUCUAUCAAAUAUGAGGGACAAUGCUAGGUUCUUAACAUGUAUUAUCUGUUACCUCAUUUAAUCAUGACAGCAACUCUUCAGGAAGGUACUAUAAUCUCCAUUCCACAAAUUGGGAAAUGGAGGCAUAAUCAAAUAAAUAGCUUGCCAAAGUUA